AAGGUCUAAGUGCGAUCACUUUGAAAUACGUCGUGCUUGUAGUUCGUAAAUCGUAAGUCGUACACAAUACUAAAUUCUGAUGUUAUGGAUGUUAGGAAGAUCAUUCAGGUCUGUAAUGGUCUGUUUCAGAAAUGUGUUCACUCUUUACUAAGUGCUAAAAUUAAGUAUGUAUCCAAGUUAGCUGUACCGUCACUACCGCCUUAUACAAUAUGUCUGUACUAUCUGUUGACUGUUGUAUAUGAUAAUAUACAGACAGUCAGCUGAUUAGUUUUCGUCGCGUUCCACCACCAUCUAGCAUACUGCAUGGUAGGUGGAUUACAGGGUUUUCGAUCGAUAGUAGCGUAUCUCCGUGGCGAAAAUGUCAGUAACCCCGGGAGAAACCGGCAUUGGCUGGGCAUACGGCGGCGAGAGGAUCGUCCUGGCCCUCGUCAGUAUCGUGGCAGGAUGGUUGUUCCUGCAGCGUUUACUGCGCUCCCCCUAUCGUCUACCUCCGGGACCGUGGAGUGUGCCCGUGCUGGGUUCCAUGCUGUGGAUCGACCACAAGGCGCCCUUCCGCACCUUCUCGCAGUGGGCCGAUAAGUACGGGCGUUUCUUCUACGCCCGUCUGGGCAAGGAUCCGGUGGUCGUCGUAAACGACGCUGCCCUGGUGCGGCAAAUAUUCUCAAGUGAUGCCUUUCAGAAACGGCCGCAUAUGCCUGGCACGACGCAACGUCUGCAGGAAACGCACGGUCUUCACUGCGGUUUGAUUUUCGAUGACGGAGAUUCAUGGAAAGAACACCGGCGCUUCGUCCUGCGCGCCCUGAAGGACUUUGGCAUGGGUGGGCGGAGCAUCGAGGAGAAGGUAGCGGAAGAGGCGGGAUAUCUGAUGGAGCUCUUCCGGGACACCCGGGAGGCGCCUUUCGACGACAAGAUCUUUAUCAGCACCGCCGUGGCCAAUGUCAUUUCUAACGUGGUUGCCAACCGGCGCUACGAUGUCAACGACCCGGAGUUUGUGAAUCUCCUGAACUGCAUCGCCCGACUGUUUCGUUCCAGCUUCGCCAGUGCCCUGCUCGGCUCUUAUCCCGCUCUCAAGGCGAUCCCGCCCUUCCGCGCCGUCUGGCAAGGCUUUCAGUCGGCCGCCGAUACCAUCACAGCAUUCUUCGACCGGCAGGUGCAGGACCACCUCGGAUCUUCGCGGGAGAAUGACCAACGCGAUCUCAUCGAUGCCUACAUCACGGCGCUGCGGCGGCAAGAAUUUGGGACUUUCGCCGAGCGCCAGCUGCUUUAUAUAGUGGAGGAUCUCAUGGAGGCUGGGUACGAGACCACUACCACCACACUGCGCUGGGCGUUUCUUCUAAUGUGCGCGUACCCGGAGGUCCAGGAUCGGGUGCAGAAAGAGUUGGACAGCUGCGUUCCCGCCGGUUCCGGCGCGCGCCCUUCGGAGCAGCUCUCCCUGCCCUUCACGGAGGCCGUAUUGGCGGAGGUGCACCGCUACGCCAGCAUCGUCCCGUGGGGAGUCAUGCACGUGGCCUCCGCCGACAGCCAGUUGGAGGGUUAUGACCUGCCACGUGGCACCUGGAUCCUGCCCAACCUCUACCACAUCCACCACGACCCCGCCCUGUGGGAGGAACCACACCAGUUCCGGCCGGAGCGUUUCCUGACGGCGGAUGGCCAGCUGCAGCGGCUGCCCGACUACUGGAUGCCGUUUUCGGUCGGCAAGCGACGGUGUCCAGGAGAGAGUUUGGCGCAGGUGGAAUUUCUCAUGUUCUUCACGGCGGUGUUGAGGAAUUUCCGUCUUCAGCUGCCGGGUGGACCACAAUCAGCGGAUCUGCGCCCGGUGCCGGGCGCCACGUCCGACACAGCCUUGCAUUCAUUGAUGGCAAUUCCGCGAUCGUAAUCGUCUUGACUUGUCAGACCUGCUUGAAGCUGCUUCGCUUCAAUACCGCCGUUUUAUGGCUCUAGUUUUUUUAUUUAAGUUUUACCUAUAAUUUUUGAAAUUUGAAUCAUUUUGGUGUCCAUCAGCGCGGUCCAAUCAGUCCACAGAUACUUAUUAGUUAUUAGUACGUAAAUAUUCCAGCAAAAAAACCAAUCUGGAAAGAUAAUUAGUGAUAAUCAACAAUCAUAAUAAUAUUUAAUAAUUUACUGCACCUGUUAUAAUAUGUAUAGAUGCAUCCACGACCAGAUUACCAAACAACAAUACUCGUACAAA